GUUAAGGACUGGCAGCAUCCAUAAAAAGUGACGAGCGUCUCUUGUUGCUUUAAUUGAAUUGAAAUUUGACAAAAAUCAGUAGUUCUGCGGAAAUCAGAUGUCUUAUCCAUUGAGGUUUUAUAAAACAAAGACUCUAUGAUAAGUCGAGGUUUUGUCUGUGGAAACACCGGUAAUGUAUAAUGUAGGAAUGUGUAAAUUGUUUGUAUUCUUUUUCGGCAAGGAUUGAAUCUUUGAACCUGAAUGAUCUUUGAACCUAACAAGUGGUUUUCUCUACUGUAAGGUGCCUUUUCAUGAAUUUCCUGCAAGUCGUUUGAAUGAGAACUAACUGCAGGAAAUAUUGUUACAUUGUUUGAAAUUAUUCAAAACAUGGGAUAGAGGCUGCUCUUAGGCAAGAGGCUGUCCUGCUUUUGCUAUAUGUUCAUUCAUGACCACGCCCCUCUUUGAUGUUCUUUGCUCUGCUUUUUCAUUUAUCGUGCUAUUGUCGAGAGUCUGAAACAAAUGAUGCUCUUCUAGUAGAAUUAUGCGAUUACAGGUGAACGGGUCUUAUUGCCUUUAAAUAUGGACGCCUUGCCAGAUAAAGUAAAGGUGACGAAGUUGAGCAAAUUUGAAUUUAUUAUGACCUACAUAUUAAAAGAUUGCAGUAAUUUCAUCUUCUCUGCGUGUAAUUAUUUUGAAACUUUGAAGUUUCGAAUGUUCCCCAAUUCCAGCUAGAAGGUAAAAAUGUUUGAAGGUAAAAGGAGAUGAAGAAAAGGUAAGAACAUUUUAUCAACCAUAUGACAAUGUUUAGAAAGAGCAGGGAGGUCAAGUGUACGUUUGAAAUCACGUCUGAUAUAAUGAUGAUGAAAUAUUCAGAAUAUUUAUUACCCCUACAUUAGGAUUUAUUUGAAAAACGUAAGCCAAUAAAUACGCUUUCUUGCUAAGGCUACAAGCAGUGAAAAGAGAAAGAUGAUCGUUAUCCACGUUCAAUGUAAUGUCUUCAGCCCGCUUUUAAAUGCGAUGGCAACUAUUUUCCUUCACCCCAUGAUCAAAUGUUUUCCCCUGCUGCUAGUGUGAAUAGCCCCACAGAAGCCCACUACAUUAGAGGCUUUGAUAUUGCUAAACAUUCUCAGAAUACUGCAGCUUUGUGGAAGCCUAUCAUCCGUCGUAGCUUUCCCGCUGAUCAUAGUGUCCCGAUAUGAAAACAAGCAACGCAGUUCAAAACUAUACGCAUCAAUAAGAUAUCAAAUGAGCUAUUUUUUGUAUUUCCUGACUUAUUCAAAGUGAAGAAUGUUUAUAAAAUGAAAGAUUAUUAUUUGGAUAACUUCAUCUUUAUUACAGACUGUGUUUAGUCAAUAGGAGUAAAAGAUGCUUGCGCAUUAAGGUAUCGCAGUAAGCCACAGCGAAACUUGCGUUUUGGCGUGUCAACUGUAACUGGUUGCCGAUAAUAAAUGCGCCAUCACUGUGCUGUUGGUACAGAAAUCUGCCAGCCAUUGCCAUCUUAUCAACCUGGAAGCAAACCUUGUCGGGAAGCAUUGUUUAAAGGAAAUUGCAAAAGUAGCUAUAUAUACCCGUGUAACUGAUUGGCUUCUUGGAAUGCAACCCUAGAUAUGCAAAUCUGUUUUUGGAUUUAAGAGAAACAGGAACGAUUUUAUUAGAAAAAGAGUAUUUGGUUACUAAUGGGUGAAACUUUUUUGAAAGAAUGUAAGAAAAAACAGUGGAUGAAGACACGAAGUCACCAUAGCAAAUUUUUCACAGGUUUACGAUUUAUCUUCCUGUGAUUGUGCAUCUGUAUGAAAGAUUUAUAAUUAUAAACUUUGUUUUGAAGAGGAAAAAUCAUGGAAAGCUCGUUUAUGCACCUGAUUACGCUAGCAGUGCUGUAUAUCUUCUCGGUUGAAGCAUACCUUAAAGAGCCCUGCAAAGAUGAAAUUAGUACUAGUACAUGUUGGUAUUUUCGAAAGCGUGGCUUUUGCAAGAAGAGCCGAGAAAAGCUGAAGAGUGUUUGCGACAAGACAUGUGGCUUUUGCAAUUCCUGUGAAGAUUCGUAUGUCAAAUCGAAAUGUCUCCAACUCAAGGUUCUUGGAGGCUGUCUCACGAACCCCGGCAAGAUGAAACAUAUUUGUCCUGAUACAUGCGGGUUUUGUCCAAAAGUGUGUAAUGAUGUCUAUGCUGGCUGCAAGCAUUUAUCGCAUCACAGAGCCUGUUACGAAUUUCGUCAUCGGAUGGAAAAAUUGUGUCCUGCCACAUGCGGCUUUUGUAAACCCACGACUCCAUGUGACGAGCAUGACUGUCCGAUUGGCUUUCGAUGUCAGUUAGAUAGUAACUGGCAGCCUUAUUGCGAAUGUGAAGUUCGGUGUGAUGAAACUACAAUGUUUGGUCCCGUAUGUGCUAAAAAUGGCAUAACUUAUACACAUCUUUGUGACUUGAAGAAAGAUGAGUGCAAGAAACUCAUGUUCAUCCCCGUUGAUUUUUUUGGCGAUUGCAAUGCACCUACUGUUGGCUGCAAAGAUGAAAGCAGAGAAUCUGAAGCUGGGUUGUGCGUCAAAUGGAAGCAAAUAGGGGCAUGUAGAGACCACGUUGCAUUAAUGGACAUAUACUGCAAGAGGACAUGCGGAUAUUGCAGAGUGCCGGGGAACCCGCCAAAACCAAAAUGCCUCCAGUCUGAAUACGGUUGUUGUUGGAACGAUGAAAAAGUUGCAAAAGAAGACAAAUACGGAAAAGGUUGUGCGUCUUGUGUGGAUUUAAAGCUAUGCAAGUACUUUAAGAUGUACUGCAACAGUAAACUCAGUCACGAGUUCAUGAAGGAACGCUGCCCAUUGACAUGCGGGUAUUGCAUUCCAGAAUAUAUACAAAGACUUCAAGAAAAGCAGUGGGUAAUCGAACGAAAGAGGCGACAUUUGCACAAUCAUCCAUUUAAAAUAAAGAAGGUUGCCAGCAUUAAUAAAAGUAAAAGCAUUAAAAAGAUAGUGUGAUCAAAGUCUUAUUGUGCAAUGCAGCAAAACGGAUGUUUCAAGGUAAGAACGCUGUUGACUUGUUCGUCUUCACCUCAGUAUAUCUUGAAAGAUGCUCAAAUUAUGCCAAGAUGUAUUUUGAUAGCUGUCAUAGAAAGAUCUUGAAGAAUGCCUUCAAAAGUGUAUAUUGCCAGAAAUCGUUACAACAACUGACAACGUGAAGGCAAUCACAGAUCAAUUGAGUCUGGAUCUAAUGAUGAAAAGUUUUUGAAUAUUGUACAGUACUAGUAUCCUUAUAUGCUAGAGACAUUUUUCAUACAUUUUAUACAAUUCAAAAUCAAAUUGGUUAUGUUUGAUAGUCUUAAAUGCGAAUUGUAGGCGAAAUUGAAGUAAUAAAUGGUGUGUAAAAGCUGGUUAAAGGUAAAAGAUAAUCAAUCAAUCAAUCGAAAGCACACACCUCUGAGUUGACAGUUUUAGUUGUAAUUGAUCGACAGUGCCCAGCAUAAAUGACUUGCUGACUUGCAUGAAAACGACUCAGA